UCAUUAAUUUUUCGUAUUAAUUAAAGGAAAAAAGAAUUAAAAAUAUUAAAAAAUUAUUUUAAUUCGUUAUUAGAAAAAAAAAUGGCCUCAUUUUUUAAUUCAAUGAGUAAUCCAUUUGCUAGUCAAAUUGGACAAAGAAUUGAGCAAGCAACAGAUGCAAGUUUAGCUUCUGAAAAUUGGGCUUUGAAUAUGGAAAUAUGCGAUAUGAUAAAUGAGUCUUCGGAUACAGCAAGAGAUGCUAUGAAAGCGAUAAGGAAACGUCUUACACAAAGUGCUGGAAAAAAUAAUCAAGUUAUUAUGUAUACGUUGAUUGUUUUAGAAACUUGCGUCAAAAAUUGUGGCAAAGCCUUUCAUGUUUUGGUAGCCAAUAAAGAAUUUAUUCAAGAAUUAGUAAAAAUCAUUGGACCAAAAAAUGAUCCCCCAAAGGCUGUGCAAGAAAAGGUUUUGAAUUUGAUACAAGUAUGGGCCGAUGCUUUUAAGAAUCAACCAGAUUUAAAUGGUGUUGUGCAAGUAUAUCAAGAGUUAAAAAAUAAAGGAAUCGAAUUCCCAGUAAACGAUGUUGAGUCAAUGGCUCCGAUUUAUACGCCACAAAGAAGCGUACCGGAAACAACACCAGUUCAACCGCCGCCCAUGUCAUCACCUCAACAUGGAGUGCAAAUAAGUCCAGCUUCAGCUGCUAUUUCAAAUGGACCAUCAUCUUUAUCACCAGAACAAACUUCAAAAUUACAGUCAGAACUGGACAUAGUGUCGAUGAACAUGUCGAUUCUAGGAGAAAUGUUAAAUGAAAUGAAACCUGGUCAAGAAGAUCCAAGUGAUUACAAAUUGUUAAAUGAUUUAGUUCAGACUUGCAAAGAAAUGCAAGGCCGUAUAGUUGAUUUAAUUGGGCGUAUAACAAACGAUGAAAUAACAGCUGAGUUGUUGAGACUGAAUGAUGAACUUAACAACUUAUUUUUAAGACAUCAGCGAUAUGAAAAAAAUCGUGAUCCUAAUUCAACUAAUAAUACUCCGUCAGCAAUCUUAGGAGCAGCGUUAGGAGUUCCAUUAAGUAAAGAAAAGGAAAAACCAAAAGAUGAAUUAAUUGAUUUAAGCGAUGGUGCUACAGGUGGUUCUGGAACUGAAGACAUUUCCUCGCAAUUCAGUAGACUAGGAAUGGGGACAGCAUCUUCUCAAUUAUCGAAACUAGAUGGGGUGCAGGCAAAUGUUGGCAAAAUUUCCAAAGAUGCUGAUGAAUUCGACAUGCUGGCCCAGUCGAGAAAUGUAACAACAGAUCCAUCAAAAAUUAACAGCGUUAAAGACAUUCCAAUAGUAGAAACAAAUGUAGGAAACCAAAAUAAGCAAUCGACAAAAGAAAGUGAAUUUGAUGAAAUGGCUGCGUGGUUAAAUAAUUCUAAAGACAUCGAAGGAACCGAAGAAAUUUUAACAAGUACAGAGUUCGAUAAAUUUUUAGCAGAAAGAGCCGCAGCUGCCGAAAAUUUACCAACCUUGUCAAUCGCAACAAAUAAUAUAAAUGAAGAUACGGAAGGAAAUCGCCAAAAAAAGAAAAAAGAUGAUGAAAAUUUACUUGCACUUUGAGGCAAUAACAUUAGUUGCUGAUUUGAAACAAAGAGAAAUUAAGCUGAGGUUAUGAAAUAAAGAAGAAUUAAAACUAAGAAAUAUUUAUUAUUUAAAAUAAUUAACCAUAAUAAUGUUAUUUAAACAUACUAAAUAACUAAAAUUAUGUAUUAUAAUCCAGAAAUAGCAAGUCUUUAAAAAUUUAAGUGCAAAGUAUACCAAUACAGUACAGGAAAUAUUAUGAAAAAAUUCUAAAAAUCUUCAAUAAGUUCAAUCUUCAAAAUUAAAAAACAAAAAAAACAUUCAAAUCCAC